AUGAAGGCAUUGAAGAUCGCAACAGACCGCGAGCAGAAGUCUGAUAUGACAUCGCGAUGUCAGAACCUUCUCACCGAAGCUGAGCGCAUCAAGACCAUCUCACAAUGGCCCUUGACUCCAGCCAUGACUCCGGGCCCUGCCAGUAGUCCACCCGCGAGUCCGCUCACGCUUCGUUGUGGAACCGAAACCAUCGGAACGCCAACUUCAGCGCGCAUCAGGCAGCUUGUCGAGCCCGUCUCGUCUCGCGAGGUUUCGAAAGCCGAGCAGAUCAUUCUUCUCAGGUCUUCGAAGCUGAAUGGCUUCACGUUUCCACCAUGGCAGGGAGCCCCCGAACCAGAUGAGUUUGCACUCAGUCAGGGAGCUGAGGCUUUUCGUGACACGCCGCAGCUGGGUCUCUCUGCCUCUCAGAUUGAGUUCUUCGACGGAUGGGAGCGCGCCCACAGUGCCAUUCCACCACCCACGUGGUUUCCCGGAGAGCGGAAAGCAUUGGGUCCUACCAUGUACUCUCGUCGCCCGGUAGAUCUGGUUCAAGAUCUCGCUUCUGACUGCUCUGUCGUCGCGAGUCUCUGCUCCUGGACCGCUCGAGCGGAAAGGGGUAAUCCGAGAAUGCUCUCCAAGAUUAUGUACCCUCAUGACGCUGACAAUCUGGCUCCCAGAAUCUCAGCAAACGGGAAGUAUGUUGUCCGCCUCAACUUCAACGGAUGCUAUCGCAAAGUGAUUAUUGACGAUCGGCUGCCGUUGUCCAAAAACACUCGAGUGCUGCAUGUUAUUGACCGUCGGAACCCAUCACUACUGUGGCCAGCGCUGCUCGAAAAGGCGUACCUCAAAGUAAGGGGCGGCUAUGACUUUCCCGGUAGUCACUCCGGGACAGAUUUGUGGAUCAUGACAGGCUGGAUACCAGAGCAAGUCUGGCUCGAAAAUAGCGAAACCGAUGCAGACCAGCUUUGGAGCAGAAUACUAAGCGCGUUCAAUAAGGGCGACGUGCUCAUCACUCUGGGGACGGGCAGAAUGAGCCAUCGCAUCGAAAGACAGCUAGGUCUCGAGGGAGAGCAUGACUACGCCGUACUCGACCUGAAAGAAGAGGGAUCUAGCAGAUUGUUGCGUCUCAAGAAUCCGUGGUGUGAAGGGACGUCCUGGAAGGGGAAGCUGCCCGAAUCGUCUACCACUGAGAGAUUCGAGGCUGAAUCCGAGCUCAGUGCCUUACGUCAUGCGCGUGAGCAAGGCAUCUUUUGGAUCGACAUCAACAACGUUCUUCGGCAUUUUCAGUCCAUCUUCCUGAACUGGAACCCAGGCCUGUUCUCCUACCGCCAGGAUGUUCACUUUACAUGGGAUCUCUCCAACCGACUUGACUCAGUAACUUGUUUUGUCAACCAUCCUCAGUUCAAGAUUGUUGCCAAAGGCGAAAGCAUUGUGUGGCUUCUUCUUUCCAGGCACCUCAAGGACAGAGACGGCCAAUCGAGAGUAGCCAAGGAGGAUCUAGCAGGCUACAUCAGCAUGUUCGCCUUCGACAGGAAGGGAGCCCGGGUUUACUUAAGAGAUGGCUGUCUGGAGCGCGCGCCUUACGUAGACUCUCCACAUACACUUCUCCGCUUGCAACCCGACGUCGAUAUCACCUACAGCAUUGUGAUCGACGAGGAAGACAUGUCGUCUACUCCGCACAGCUUCACGCUCUCUACUUUCUCUACAUUACCCGUCGUACUUGACAAGGCUUACAGUCCCUACUCUUCUCAGCGGUUGAUCAGUGGUGCAUGGACUCAAGCAACGGCUGGCGGCAAUGUUAACGAUCCGACUUACUCGGAAAACCCCCAGUUCAGCCUCAGAGUGGUCGAGCAGAUAGCCGCAGCUAUCCUUAUUCAGACGCCCUCAAAUGACGUCCAUGUCCACGUCAAGCUCGUACAUGGCCGCGGCCGACGCGUUUACACGCUGACAAGCAAGGAUGUGAUCGCUGAUUCAGGCCAACACCGAAGAGGCAGUGCUGUAAUCGAAAUCAGCGACCUCUACCCGGGUAGUUAUACUCUCGUCUGCUCCACCUUCAAAGCCGGUCAGCAGGCCGACUUCACCUUGCGAGUCGAUUCGACGUCGGAAUGCGAGCUCAGGCAGCUUCCGGGUGAAGGUGCCGGGCGACUCAGACUGCCACUCGCAGACGUCCGCUUCGGUUACUCCGUGUCGAGAAUCGCUGCACCUCUCGUGCCACGCCGUUUCGUGUGCAUCAGCGUCGUAGCUAAGUUCAUCCGCAGCGUCGCGUUUCCUUCUAACGACCUCUUGUCAUUCGACGAGGGGCAGGCCGGGGCUCGCAGCCCUCUGCGCGUUACGGUCGAGCUCGGCACCGGGCCGAACCGUCGGGUCCUGAUCGCCAGCUCCGGCGGCGCGUACAGUGACGCUGUGAGUGGAGUCAGGACGGAAGACGUGGAUCUGAGCCCGCAGAUGCUCUACACGAGCGACAUGUGGCUCGUCCUAGAUCGGCUCUGCGGGCCAGCUAGUGGGAGCCAGGAGAUCUAUGGCGUGGAAGUGUUCUGCGACCAGCCGAAAGCCUUGGAUAUCGGAGUAUGGCGGAACUGGGAUUUCUGA